GUUUUCCCGUGAUGGUCUGCCGUAUGGGGGAAUCCCGAGUUAGUCUAUGCGGGGUCACUUGAGACAAGGAUCUCCACAGUGCAAGUUCGGGACCACCUGGGCGCAUAAAAGAAAGUCCGGCAAGUGGAUGUUGGCCGAGAAGGAAUCUUCAUUUUCGUUUCUUCUCUCGUACAUCAUCUUCACUAUUAUUCUAAAUCAAAUCAAUUCAGUCAAUCUUCUGCAAUAAAUACCUAAGUUGUGACGUAUUGAAGUUUCAACUCCAAAGCAUUUUGCCCCUCAUUUUGCCGAGCAUCGUCAACGACCCCUCCUUUUCCCUUCAAUUGAUUCUCAACAACGCAGCAUUCAAGAUGGCGACAACAAACGGCACAAAACCAACAACUCAUCCUCUGAUCAUCAACAACAAACCUCACUCCACCAAAGCCUCAUUCCCCGUUCACUCCCCGGCAACAGGAGACCUCCUCCACCACUUCUCCUCCGCCUCAAUCCAAGACACCGACCUAGCCAUCAAAUCCGCACACGAAGCCUACCCAGCAUGGAAACGCCUUCCCCCAAACCAAAAGCGAGACAUCUUCCUCAAAGCCGCUGACCUAAUGACCGCCCGCCUCCCCGAGCUCAAAAAAUCCAUGGUUGAAGAAACGGGCGCCGCUCCCGGAUGGGCAGAUUUCAACCUCGGUCUCGCCCCUGAAAUCCUUCGCGAUGUGGCCGGAAGAUUAUCUUCGAUCUCUGGGUCGAUUCCGCAGACUAGUCGAGAGGGAGUAAGUGCCUUGAUCUACAAAGAGCCCUAUGGGACUAUCCUUGCCAUUGCUCCGUGGAAUGCUCCUUAUAUCCUCGGGAUUAGGGCGAUUAUCUAUCCGUUGGCAGCGGGAAAUACUGUUAUCUUGAAAGCACCAGAAUUCUCGCCAAUGUGCAGUCAGGGAAUUGUGUCUGCGUUACAUGAUGCGGGUUUGCCUCCCGGAGUGCUGAAUUUGAUAGCUCAUCAGCCGUCGGAUGCAGCUGCUGUUACGAAACAUCUGAUUGAGAGUCCGAUUAUCAAGAAGGUUAACUUUACGGGCUCUACGGCUGUGGGGAAGAUUAUUGCCGAGCUUGCGGGGAGGAAUUUGAAGCCUGUUCUACUGGAGUUGGGAGGCAAGGCGCCAGCCAUUGUGUGGGAAGAUGCAGAUCUGGAAUUGGCGGCGAAGGAGUGUGUUAUGGGAGCUUUUCUGCAUGCGGGUCAGAUUUGCAUGAGUACGGAACGGGUGAUUGUUCAUGAGAGUGUGGUGGAGAAGUUCGAGGAGGAGUUCAAGAAAGCUGUCAAGGCAUUCGCUCCUGAAGGAGGGGAUGCUCCAGUUCUGAUCAAUGCUGCAGGCGUGCAGAAGAAUCAAAGACUGCUGAAGGAUGCGGUAGGAAAAGGUGCCAAGGUGAUUCAUGGUGACCAUGAGGCUGGGGAAGGUGCAAAGAUGAUGCCUGUCAUUGUGAAGGGAGUGAAUAAGGACAUGGAUCUGUUCUACACUGAGAGUUUCGGACCAACGGUCAGCUUAAUGACGAUCAAGACUGAGCAGGAGGCUUUGGAUUUAGCGAAUGAUACAGAGUAUGGGUUGAGUUCAGCGAUCUUCACGAAAGAUCUGGGACGAGCUUUGAGAAUGUCGAGGGAGAUUGAGAGCGGAGCUGUUCAUAUCAAUGGCAUGACGGUUCAUGAUGAGACAGCAUUGCCUCAUGGAGGUAUGAAAGCAAGUGGUUACGGCCGCUUUGGAGCGUCAGGGCUGGACGAAUGGGUAAGAACGAAGACUGUGACUUUCAAGGAUUAAUAUACUUUCUGAAUUUGCUCCUCUAUGCACGAAACUUCUCCUCUGUAUGUAGUCAAGAGGAUGAACAUAAAUAUCUACUGUUACAAUUGGC